GCCCCGCUCGGUGUCGGGCCGGGGCUGCCAUUGGCUCCGGCGGGGAGCGCUGACCGCCAGCCGCCUCCAAACUAUUUCCUGUUGCUGCAGCGUUAAUGCUAAACAGACCUUUCUCUCUCUUCCCUCUCUCCAGCCAAAGUGCAGUGGGCUCCUGCCGCCGCUCGCCUUCCCGCCCCGCUCGGGGGCCACCGCCAUCCCGAUGCCGAGCACGUGCCACCCCUGGAGACACUGAGUGAGGGCAGAGGAUGGAGAGCCGCAAGCGGGACAUGGAGCUGCUGAGCAACAGCAUGGCCGCCUACGCACACAUCCGAGCCAACCCCGAGAGCUUCGGGCUCUACUUCGUGCUGGGCGUCUGCUUCGGGCUGGUGCUCACCCUGUGCCUGCUGGUGCUGCGCCUCUCCUGCCGGCCCCCCCCGCGCCCCCCGGCCCGGCCACGGGACUUCAGUGAGGAUGAAGAGGAGGACGAUGAGGACGAGGACGAAGAAGAGGAGGACACCGUCGACCGCGCGGCGUCCGAGUCGCUGCUGCCGGUGACCGAGAUCCCCCUGGAGCCGCACGGCCCCGGGGACGGGGCUCUGGCCGUCAACGUCUUCGCCUCGGCGGAGGAGCUGGAGCGGGCGCAGCGGCUGGAGGAGCGCGAGCGCAUCAUCCGCGAGAUCUGGCGCAACGGGCAGCCCGACAUCCUGGGCACCGGCACCGGCACCCUGGGCCGCGUCCACUACUACUGAGCCCCUCACCCUGCCCAGCUCCCCCCGGCCGACACCGCGCCACCCCCGGGAGCAGCCUGGGGCCAGGAGGUGGGAGAACAGGGCUGGGGGGGCUGCUCACUGCCCCCCCCCAGGUUGGAGGGGCUGCCCCAGAGCACCCCUGAACUGCUGCCAGCCAGACCCGGUGCCAGGGACACCCCCUAAGGCCAGACUGGCCCCCGCCAAUGCGGGACAUGAUGCACUUUGAGCCGUUGGUACGACUGAGCGCUGGCACCAGCCGGGCACCCCACGGGGACAAGGACGAGGACAGGACAGACGCUGCCCCCUCGGCUCGGCGUUGGCACCGGGGGGAGGCCCCCGAGGGGAGGGUGUCGCGGUCGGGCUGUACGUCCCGUGUAAGC